AGGAAUCCCUGGAAAGAAAUGCGGCACCAUCAUCCUGUCGGCGGAGGAGCUGAGCAAUUGUCGAGACAGUGCCACUAUGCAGUUCUGUGCCAACAAGCUGGACAAAAAGGACUUUUUUGGCAAGUCCGACCCCUUCAUGGUUUUUUACAGAAGCAACGAGGACGGAACGUUUACUAUCUGCCACAAAACAGAGGUGGUGAAGAACACAUUAAACCCGGUGUGGCAGCCUUUCACCAUCCCUGUACGAGCGCUCUGCAACGGUGACUACGACAGAACAAUCAAGGUGGAGGUGUACGACUGGGACCGAGAUGGGAGCCAUGACUUCAUUGGAGAUUUCACCACCAGCUACCGAGAGCUAGCUCGAGGGCAGAGCCAGUUUAAUGUGUACGAGGUGAUAAAUACGAAGAAGAAAAUGAAGAAAAAGAAAUAUGUCAACUCCGGAACAGUAACCCUGCUAUCGUUCUCAGUCGAGUCCGAGUUCACCUUCUUGGAUUACAUCAAAGGCGGCACGCAGAUCAAUUUCACUGUGGCCAUCGAUUUCACCGCGUCGAAUGGUAAUCCGUCCCAGUCCACCUCCCUGCACUACAUGAACCCGUACCAGCUGAACGCCUACGCCAUGGCCCUGAAGGCCGUCGGGGAGAUCAUUCAGGACUACGACAGUGACAAGAUGUUCCCGGCUCUGGGCUUCGGGGCCAAGCUUCCACCUGACGGCCGAGUGUCUCACGAAUUCCCACUGAAUGGUAACAUGGAGAAUCCUUAUUGCAACGGUAUUGAAGGCAUUUUAGAGGCCUACCAUGAAAGCCUGAAGACGGUGCAGCUGUACGGACCAACCAACUUCGCUCCUGUAGUGAACCACGUGGCCAGGUAUGCAGCAGCAGUGCAGGACGGCUCGCAGUACUUCGUCCUCCUCAUCAUCACAGACGGCGUCAUCUCAGACAUGGCUCAGACCAAAGAGGCUAUCGUAAAUGCUGCCAAGCUACCCAUGUCCAUCAUCAUAGUUGGAGUUGGUCAGGCUGAGUUUGAUGCGAUGGUGGAACUGGAUGGUGAUGACAUUAGAGUCUCAUCUCGGGGAAAAUUGGCAGAGAGAGACAUUGUUCAGUUUGUUCCUUUCAGAGAUUACAUGGACCGGACAGGUAACCACGUGUUGAGCAUGGCGCGGCUCGCUAAAGACGUGCUAGCAGAGAUCCCCGACCAGUUCAUCUCAUACAUGAAGAGCCGAGGCAUCAAACCCAACCCUGCCCCGCCCCCGUACACACCACCUGGACACACACACCACCACACACAGAUCUGACACUCCUAUGGACAGACAGCAUGCAGCAGCCAUUCAGAGUCCCGCGGGAACUCUCUACCUCUUGUUUUCUGGUGUAAAAACGUGACAACGCACCUUGAAAUAAGAGUGGAUUUUUGUGCUCUAACCUGCAAGUGUCAACAAGAACAGUAUCUUGAUUUUUUUUAUUUUAUUUUAUUUUUAUGUAUCUUCUUCUGUGAUUUAUUUCUUGUAGUGUCUCCUCAGGAAAGGCUGAACAAACUUUUCAGGACUUUUUGGUGAAAGCCUUUCGGGCAGUGACUGUUUCAAGUCUCAUUUGACAGCAGGUUGGUUCCUAAAAGGUCAUGUUGUGCUUAAAACUUGUGCCUGUCUGUGGUUGUUUCUCUAAAUGUGUCGGGACGUGUGAACUCAGAACCAAACCUUGCAGUCAUCAGUCGUCUGAGAUGAGGAAUUUUCAGGCAUCCCCUUCUCCAAUAACUUUUUACAUUGAGGGGGUGUCUGCAUUCAGACUCCUGCAGCGGUUGUUAUGUUUUGUAGAUCCCAACACCUCCCACCCUGUAUGUACAGUGUUUAUAGGAGCAUGGUAGAUGAGAGUAUUUAUUUGAAAUAUUUAUUUAGUGGCUCAAACAUCUAAUUUGCUUUGAACAUAAAAAACACAUUAAAUAUGAAAUUUGCACAAUCUUUAUAUUUAUUUAUUUUGUAACUAUUUUUUUUUAGGACAUGAAAAGCACAACAUUUGUUUACAGACAGUGAAGCAAUUGUUCAUGUUUAACCAGAAUACUAAUUUUUAAGAAAGCAACAUUCUAUUUGUGAAGGUCAUUAUUUUUCCACUUUUUCCAUAAAUCAUCAAAAAAAAUAUUAAUGGAAAGGGUUGCAACUGUGACAGCUGCAUUAGGAUGGAACGAUGUAUCUUAAUGAAUCUUUUACUUUCCAGAGUCCAGGUGAUCUUCACAUUCAGGUUUUAUGGAUUACACAAAAAAUAAAUAAUUUAUCAGCCUAUAAAAGAAAAAAAAA